AUGGAUUCCUGCGUUCCGUCAGCACUGUCUAGAACGACAAAGUCGGGUAUCCCAACAGUCGGCACCCGCUCUACCGUCGAUGAAGAGGUAGCAAACUUUGUGAGGCAGAACCCAAGCCUGCACCUGGGUGGCAAAGACGACUUCACAACAGAGCGAGAAGAGCAUCUAAAAGUCUUUGGAUUCCACGCUUUGGAGCUUGAUACAUCUGGUCAUGACCUGCGCAAGAAGAACGAAUCCGCUGCCUUGAUUUACUUUCAUGGAGGAGAUACUGUCGGCAGUGUGGAUGAGUUCGAGAAUGACCUGAGAAUCGUUGCUGAAGAAAGUGGCGCCGUCAUUAUUGGAGUUGAGUAUCAGCUUGCACUAGAACGGAGCUUACCGAUCCAACUGGACGACUAUGAUUCAAUGAUCAAUGGGGUUCAAGGUGAUGAAGGGAGAAAACGAGGUAUAAGCCCUGAUCAGGUUUGUGGAGGCGGUGACUCUGCUGGUGGAAACAUGACUGCCGCUGCGAGUCUUCCUAGAAAGGACAAUAGAAAGAAACCAUUGAAGGCACAGCUCCUUUACAAUGGCAUCUUCUCUUUCGCUGAUCAUUACGCCACUCGUAGCAAGUCAGAAGACUUGAAAGACCUACUACCUGCGGUAGUCUUCACUUGUAGCUUUGACCCUCUUCGGGACGUUGGGGUAGAAUAUGUGCACCUUCCUUCAGCAAGCGGCUUGACACAUGGGCUCUUGCAGGAAGAGUCGAUGAAGACUACGAAGUUGGUUGGAAUGGAUUGA